GUAGACAGCUAAUUCAUAGGUAAUGAAUCGUUCCGGUGGACUUUCGCUACCCAAUUCGCAGCCCGAUUUUUUUCUCUUGAACAAGAAGUUACUGAGACACCCUCUAAGCAACCCAAGAGGUUUGUGCAAUCUUUGAUUAAUAUUCAGAUGGCCCAUGGAGCUUCAGCCCAACCCGUGAUGUAUCUCUCCAGCAAAGUACAGUUUGACUCAAUCUUCACUAGAUUUCUUCGUUCUAUCAGUACGCUUCCAUCGUUCAGUACGCUGGGCGAAGCUUCCCUCUGACUUUUCAUGAACAGCAGGCCUUGCCUCAAGGCUAGGGUUUCGGCGGUGAGGGCGGACGGAGCGACGAUUUUCUUCGCGAAGCCUCCCACCAGUCGCCCGAGAUGGUCUCUGCAGAUUCCAGCCACCGCUCCUUGCUGCGAUUCACUGCACCACGAUCCAUCGACGUUCAAUUUCCACGAGCCUGACGGAGGUGGUGACCAUCCCUCAAUUGGUAAGCCUCUCUCUUCACUUUCCCUCUGUUUCCCCUCCUUUUGGUUCCAGUGUUCAUAUAGAUUGAGGUCGCUAAUUGCUUCAGUUAUUACUCCCCGUGGUCGUGGUUUACUGUUCCGGAAAACCUUCGCGUUCCGUUCUUUCCAGAUGAGCCAGAGCACUCUGGCCAGAAUUCCACCCGAUUUUGACCCUACUUGGGAAGUCACACAGAAGGAGGAGAUGUUCGAGCAUUUCAGGAGCGUUCUUACACAUCGGACACGAUGGAUCGGGUACGAGUUUUCUCUUGUAAAGGUUUUCCUUCGUUGGGAGAGCAUUAUUGCAUACACUCCAUAGGAAGAAGCGAAUUUUCGGGUAGUGCUGAAUCUGCCAUAUGCGAGUCCAUAGGUUCUUAGGAGGCUGAUAUGAUGUUGACGCCAGGUUGGCGUUAAAUUUUUUUGACUAGGAGCACAUUCUGUUGUAGCCACUUUUGAUCGAGUAUAAG